GGUUCGAGUACCGCCGCGAAUGCACGUAAGCGAUGUUUUGUCGUCGCACCGCCUCUCUUUCUCUCUCUUUCUCUCGCUUUCUCUCUCCGUCUCUCCCACGAUCCAUUCUCUGUCAUUCAACUCUCGCGGACGCUUCGUCCCUUUCUUUCUCCUCCCGGCGUCAUACCGUAUCACUGCUUCUUUCUUUCCGUAUGUAUGUAAAACGUAUAGACACGUACGUCUGACCCCUCUCACGGACAGCCUUGGGCAACGAGAUCGACACGAGUAACGCGUCGUAAACGCGUAAACGGAAGCGAGCGGGUUCUCGAAGGACCUCGCCGCGAGUUGACCUCUCCGGCACGAGUAAGCUCGUUCGAAAGAGAUCCGGCAUAUGCCAAUGCACGGCGCGCGGCAGGAUACCAGCUGAGGAGCGAUAAGAAAACCUGAUGUAAACAGAGGAGGAGAGUGAGAGAUCGGAGCCGAGAGAGGAAAGGAGGGAGAGAGAAAGAGACGGGAAAGCGAGAAGGAGGAACGCACGCGACUUGAGCAGCGGUUCGAUCCUCUCGCGCCAAACAGAUCCGCUCGCGCGGUUUCGACCUCUCUCGCCGGGAAAAGUCGCGAGUCGCGUUCCUGACCCGCUCUGAGAGAGUUUUCCUCCGCCGAUCUCAGGCGUCCAGAAGCCGAACGGCACCACGCGCGACGACGUACUCGUACAAACUCAACGCGGACGAAUACGCAUCCGAAUCGAAGUGAACGGAAGGCGAAGAAGAGAGUGGUCAGGGGGCGUCGUGGAGCUCGUCGAGGCGACGAUAUCGGUGUCGAACGGCGACGAGAGGACGAGAGCGAGGAAGGAGGCCAACGGAAUGCUCGACUUUGAACAACAGGCCAAUCAGGCACUGGCCUCGCUCGAUGACGACUGGCACCUGCUCGAGGACGCUAAAAUGAGAUUGGAGGAGGACCUGGUAAUCCGCAGGAGCCGACCCACGAUGAUUUCCGCUAAGUACCGUGCACGCGAGGAACGCCGCCGACUGCUCAAGAUCUCCGCUGGCAAGCUGAGGAGCAUCGACGACCCCGAGGCGAGUCUGUGCCGAUCGGUCCUCAUAAAUAAUGCGGUGCGACGGCUGCAGCGCGAAAAUCGGGACGAGAAGACGCGGAGUUACGGUGGGCUGCCGAUAGUGACGUACUUGGACGACACCAGCAAGGAGAACAGCGUCACCGACAUCCUCAUCGCGGACGUGACGGACGAGGAUGUAUCCUCGAGGAAAAGGUUGGCCGACGACUCGAGGAACGACGGGCUCAGUUGCAAGCGGCAGAGGCACGACGACCUGGAUCUGCAGGACGACGUGUUCAGCGACUUCUACAUCCUUCCGCCUACGCCGCGCCUGCUCUCGCAUAUCAACGAGAUCCCGUCGGAACCGGAAGUGUCGCACCACAACAGCCACCAUCUGGGCUUCCCGGAGGACCGCCUGGGCGGCGGCGUGGCUGAUGUGCGAUCGGACAACGGCGUGAGCAACACCUCCGGCACGGCAGCGCUCAGCGGCGACCUUGACAGCAGCACGACCUGCUGCUCAGUGCUCUACCCCGUGGGCCUUGACGACGCAAACGCACAUCUCUCGAGACCGGGGACCGAUUUGAUGGAGGUGAGCGACGUGGUCGACCCGGACCGGCUCUGCGACUUCGCCAGGUUCGCCGAUUCGGCGAAGACGCUGGAGGAGCGGCUGGCCGAGUUGCAGUCGUUGGACGAGCACUUUGAUCUUACCAAGUUCGAGCGCAACAACAACCAGAGCUGCGGCAGGGCCUUCCACGAUAUACAGACCUUCCACAGCCUGGUGCCAGGCCUGGAGACCUAGAUGGCAGAGGUAUGCCUCGAGCUGUCUGCAGCGCCGUCAUGGGAUGUCAGCGACACCGCUGGAAAGUAGCAAAAAACAACUUUGUGGACACUGAGUCGUCUGAUGAGAGCUCGCUAUACGAAUCUAGGAGCCGUUGUUUGCCGCUGUGGCUUGCUCUCGUGCUCUCGCAGAUGGACCAAACACGUGACCAAACGCCGAUGCCGAUGCCGUAUGAGGCACAUGAUAUAGUCGCACGCAGAAUCGACAGUAGCCGAUACGAUGCACGGUCAUAUCGGAGUCCGUCCACCUGCGGACGGACGAAACUCACGAAAAUGCGGAAAUUGCAAAACUUGCGAAAGAAGCGUUCUAAAGAAUUUCUUACCGUGGGCAAACGGAUGGGCGAAAUUAUAUCUCUUGAGGCACGCAAUUAUUUAUCUAUCAACACUAGAACUGCAAAGCGGAGCAAAGAUACUAUGCAUGCAAAACAAGAUGACUUUUUACACUAAGUAUUUUAGAAAGAAAUGUUUUAAAACUCUCAUAAAGGGUAAACAAUACAUAGCCUUUUUUUCGAUUAAACUUUCAGGAGCGGUUCUAGUGUUAACCGAAAAAACGCAUCCAUCAUUGAUAAGGUAAUAUCACGAACCGAAAAAGAUUAUAUAUGUAUACGAAAGUUUUAUCUAAAUUUAAAUUAUUGCAUUAGUGAUGUGUUAAAAAAGUAUCGAAAUGAAAACAAAUUAAUCUUACAAAUUACAUCUUAAGAUCUUAAGAUUAAAAAAUUCAAAUUAAUCCAUUACAUGGAUGCGGAUGCGAUGCUAUGUAACAUAUAAUAAACCGUCAUAAUAUAUUCAUAGUAUCUCGGUCGAAUCAUCGCCUACGAAGUCUGACUCAUGCUGGUAAUAAUCUACUUACAGCACUGACUCAAUGUUCAGCCACGAGAUACUUAAUAACACGGUAAACGCAUGCCGCUCUUUAAUCGGCCUUUCUAUUUAGCGGUAAUCUUGGUAAAAAAAUUUUUUUAAUCCACCUUGCAUACAUCGCAAUGUCUUUUUAAAUUUUACUUUUUUGUAAAAAGUCUGGCCUUUUUUGUGCUGCCUUUUUAUAGGAUAGCGUUUUAUAUGAAGACUAGAUUUUUUAUAAAAGACUGAAUUUACAAAUAUCUUGACACACGUACGUAGAAUUACGUGUACAUUUAUAUAUCUAUACUUAUACAUAUUUCUUCUAUUUUCUUAUUUUUCUUUUACAAAUUAUUUUAUAAUUUGUAAACUCGUAAAUAUAGGGUUAUAUACUUUUUCGAAUAUUUAGUCUAAUACUGAUUUUUCACACCGUUGUUACGUCGAAAUUGCUAACGGCACCCACAUGCGCGAUCACGGUUCAAGUACUCACGUACUCAUCGACGCAGUCCUCCGCGUUAUCCGCCCAACCUUGCCCGCGGGUAAAUCACGUCGAAGCACCUUGCUGCAGCGUCGAAGUGUCGUGAAGACACGUGCCUAAAUAUGUACUUCGUUCGUGAAAACGUUUGGUACGGACGCGGCAUUCGGCGAAGCGCGUGACACGCACAUUGUUUGUACAUAUACAGAUAGAUAUUUAAGAGCACGUUAAGGAUAUAGGAUGAAUUAUAUUGAGAGAUAGCAUGCCGAUAUACGGCCGAUCCGCCGACGAGAGAACUACGAGUGCGCGCGGAAAGCACCUUCAACGCCUGCGAAGUCGAUAACUCGGAGCGAAAGCGUUUCGAGCAUCGAAAUUCUCCGUGAAGUUUCUUGGGUUUUGUUACUUUGGACCGUUACUGAACGGGAAUACCGUUGUAACCGACUCUCGCCGUUGUCUCAUUCGAAGACACACGUUCAUGCUUGUCUUUGCGAGAUCUGAAAUGGCGUUAAGCGUGCUCUCCGCGCGAUUUUAUAGUCUAGGAGAAAUGCGAAGCGGAAAAUCGCACGAAGGUCUAUAGUUGUGCAACUAUAGUUUUCACGACGAUGUGAAACAAUCCUUUCUGCGUUCGGGAGCAUUAUUCUACAGCGAAUCCUUUCCAAUUAGCCAUAUUGAAAACUUGCUGUCUCGCGAUGCAGUUUUCUCUAUGGAAAAACAAUUCGAUUUUUAGCAUUCUUACCGACAAGCUUCGUCACUACAGGACGAGUGACCAUUUUUAAAUACCUAACGUGAUUCGCUCCAGGUAAUGUGUUCCAUUUUUUUUACGCGCGACAGCAAGACACGCUACCGCGUGACGCCACGACGAGCCUUAGCUGUUGUACGUUAUUGUACCACUUUUGUUAAUGAUAUGCUUUAUGUUCGACGGGUAGACGCCGUAGCGAGCAAUAGCUGUAUUCCCCUACUGGUGGUUUCCUCCUAUGACAUUCAGUACAUAUAUGUAUAACUAUCGAAAAAUCGAAUUAAAUAAAAAAUCACGAAAUUUAAUUUUUGAUAUAUCUCACCAUAAAGUGACAAAAUUCAAACACGGAAGGAAGAAUUCGAUUCUCUAUUUUCUGCGGAUAACAGUGUCAAGCUUGCAUCUCACGCGAGCAUUUUAGUGAAUUAUAACGAGCGUGUUAUAAAUUAUUUUUUGUACGCCACAUUUGGUUGUGACUGAUCAAGAUACUUUUUUUUCUUAAAACAUCGUAAUUAAAACAUCGUUCGAUCUUUCAUGAUCAAUGCAGAAAUCUAUCAAGAAGCAACAAUCGACUUUUUUGAGAAAGAUGAGAAUUUCGUUUUUAUAUCGUAUCGUUGACCUUUUUUUAUUUGACACUUGCAAAUGUUUUUGUUAAAAUUAAAUUAAUUUUUAAUUUAGUUAUGUGUUAAGAGCGUGCUUGUAUUAAUUGCGAAUAUUAUAUUGUAUAUAGAUACUAUUAUAUUAUUUGAAGAUAGUUAAGUCAUGUCGAAUGAUCAAGUAUUUUCAUGUGCUCUUCACGAAUUCUGUGUAGUGCAAUAUCUUCAUUCCUUGUAUCUGCUAAUGCGUUUUUCCAUAAUUUUCAUAGGCGUUUUUCCAUGAGUUUCAUAGACAAUUUCUAUUUUAUUUAGAAACCGCCAUGGUUCGAUAUUUGUUAAAUUAUUCCUUGCUCGCACAAAUAUGUAUAAAUCCUUCUUACAUUAUGUAUAGUUUUGCAUUACGAGAUUCUCUAAUAUUACGAAAUAGCACAUCCAUAAAUACUGAUAAAUGUAAUAUUUCAACAUUGCAACGUUUGUUUAAGGUAACGCAUAAAAAAACACUCGUCACUUUAUUGGAAAUGUAUUAGAAAAUUCUCAAUAUCAGUCACAUGUCGCUGGUAGGCAAUUUUUUUCCUAACUUAUUUAUCCCUCACAAAAGUGCUAAAAGGAAUUGGAUAAUGUUUCGGAAUAAUUUGUCUCCCAUAUAUAUGUCGCUUCUGCCAUCUACGUACAGCUAUUUUAUUAAGUGUAUAAAAAGGCUGCUUUUAUAUCCAUAAAUGGAAUUCUUUUCAAAAUUAACGCCACUAUACCUUCGGUCAAUGAAGCUUUCCAAUGCAAAACUUCCAGAUGCAGUAGCUAUUACCAAAUCAGAUCUUGAAAAUAUAUAUCGAUGAAAAAACUACUUAAAAAUGAAUGUUUUUGCGGCAUCUGACGUAAUAUAUACCGUCACAUAAUUUUCCACAGUCUCAUAUUCUUAAUAAUCGAAGUUGGAGAAAGCAGAGGAAACACUAUGUGGGUAAAGACAAUUCCGUGGCAACGUCUGGACACAAAUGCACAGAUAGAUCCAAACUUCCUUCAAACGCCUGGGCCACGUUUCUGAUAACUGUGUGAUGUGUAUGUGGGCGACGGAAUCCACGUGUAUAGCUGUUCCCGUGAUACUUGAUACACAUCGCGAACGACAGCUCAACUCGCGGCUCAAGGCGUUUACUUGUAAAUAGUUGCCUUAGCACUACUAAGAUAAUUAGCUAUGUAUAAAAUUUCAUACGUUGUUUAGGUUUUUAGUACUAGUUAUAUCCGAGAUCAGUUACCAAUUAUAUGAACAAAUUGCAAAUAAACUGCAAAAAACAA